AACCCCGGCUGCUCUGCGAUUCUGUGCCCCAGUCCCGCCCGCGUUGCGCUCGUUGCGGCAGCGCAGGCGCGGUGCCAGCCCCGGCCCGGAAGUGCAGCGGCGGCGGCGGCGGCGAGCGGCACCUCCUGUAAUAUUCUUAAUUAAAAUGGCAAAAACAACUGAUCCUUCUGAGAAACUGAUCAUCCAUUCCAAAGCUCACAAAGAUACCAUUCUAGCUAAUUUUGAAGAACAAAGGAAAAAGGAUUUUCUUUGUGACAUUACUCUGAUAGUGGAGAAUGUGCAAUUCAGAGCCCAUAAAGCUUUGCUGGCUGCCAGCAGUGAAUACUUCUCAAUGAUGUUUGUAAAUGAGGGUGAAAUAGGGCAGUCAAUUUACAUGUUGGAGGGAAUGGUUGCAGACACCUUUGGAGUUCUGCUAGAAUUUAUUUACACUGGUUGCCUCUGUGCCAGUGAGAAAAGCACAGAACAAAUCCUGGCUACUGCACAGCUGCUGAAAGUGACUGACUUGGUAUGGGCCUGUACAGACUACCUGGAAAGCCGCAGCCCAGGUAGUGCAUUUCCAGCUCCAGCUGAAAGUGUAGUCUCUGUUGUUGCAAGUGAUAGGAGAAAUGAUGAUCCACCAAAGCGAAAACGGGGGCGACCAAGGAAAAUCAAGAUUGUCCAAGAAGAAGAAGAAGAAUCAGGAGCAAAUUCUGCUGAAGAUGGGCAGCUGAGAGAGAACAACUCCAUGCAAAAUGAGCAAAAUUAUAUGAAAAAAGAUACUGAAGUAGAAGAAACAGUUGCCAGUGAAGAGCCUUCAGUGAGGAAAGAAGGAGAAGAAACAGAACCUGCUUGUGGCUCAGAGGCUGCUGUUGAUCUUUCAGCUGAGAAAGAUGAAAACUAUGAUCCCAAAUCUGAAGGAAUACAGAGCACUCAGAGCCGUUACAGCAAACGUAGAAUAAUGAGAUCAAUCAAACUGAAAGAUUAUAAACUUCUUGGGGAUGACGAUGAGAAAGGACUGGCAAAGAGAACUGAUGGAAAAAGAAAGCGUGUGGGUUCUGAAGCUCGCUGUAAAGACUGUGGGAAAGUAUUUAAGUACAAUCACUUCUUGGCUAUUCACCAGAGAAGUCAUACAGGGGAGCGCCCUUUUAAAUGCAGUGAGUGUGGCAAAGGCUUUUCCCAGAAGCAUUCUCUUCAAGUCCAUGAGCGAAUGCACACUGGGGAACGGCCAUACACGUGCACUAUUUGCAGUAAGGCUCUGACAACAAAGCAUUCUCUUCUGGAGCACAUGAGCCUACAUUCAGGGCAGAAGGCUUUCACCUGUGAUCAGUGUGGGAAAUACUUCAGCCAAAAGAGACAGCUCAAGAGCCACUAUCGACUACAUACAGGCCGUUCACUGCCGGAAUGUAACCAGUGUCGUCGCAAAUUCAUGGAUGCAGCUCAGCUAAAGAAACAUCUAAGAACACAUACAGGUGAGAAGCCCUUCACUUGUGAGAUUUGUGGCAAAUCAUUUACAGCUAAAAGUUCACUUCAGACUCACAUUAGAAUUCACAGAGGAGAAAAGCCAUAUUCUUGUGAUAUAUGUGGAAAAUCCUUCUCUGAUUCGAGUGCUAAGAGAAGACAUUGUAUCUUACACACAGGCAAAAAGCCUUUUGCCUGCCCAGAAUGUAGUUUGCAGUUUGCUCGUCUGGACAACCUGAAGUCCCAUUUGAAAAUUCACAGCAAGGAGAAGCAGUUGCAGGAAGGCAGCGCCGCCCCGAGCACCAACGCUCAUCCGGAAGAAGUGAGAAACAUUCUCCAGCUGCAGCAGUACCAACUUGCCACCUCGGGAGGGCAGGAAAUUCAGCUGCUGGUUACGGAUGCAGUACACAACAUCAACUUCAUGCCCAGCCACAAUCAAGGCAUCAGUAUUGUGACUGCAGAAAAUGCCCCCAGCAUGACCACAGACCAGGCUGCGAACCUGGCGCUCCUGGCGCAGCCACCUCAGCAGCUGCAAAACUUGUUGCUUUCAGCUCAGCAGGAGCAAGCAGAACAAAUUCAAAGUAUCAAUGUGAUUGCAAACCAAAUAGAGGCUGCCCAACCUGAACAAAUGCAUGUCAUCACUCUUUCCAAGGAAGCGCUAGAACAUCUCCAUGCUCAUCAAGGACAAAAUGAACAAAUCCACUUGGCAGGAUCUUCACAUCCAGCUCAGCACGUGCACCUGGCUCAGGAAUCAAGUCAGCAGUCUCACUCUAGCCACGAUACGGUUCCUUCCCAUCAAGUCAGUGAGGAACAGAAUCAAAGUGUACUUGUUUCUGAAUCGCGUCAGCAGCCUCUGUCAGUAAAUGAGUCAUCUCAUGAGCAUCCUAUCCAGGGACAGGCUUUCUGAAAUGCUUGUUUGUCAGCAGAGGCCAGAGAAUGCUUCUCAUCCCAGUAGGGAUUACACGUGUCACACAUGGUUUUUUUGCAACAUAAGCUACCCAAAGAUGCAUUUCUUGGUGAUUUUGGAUGAGUGACUCAAUUUCCUUAACCAUAUUUAUUUUAGACUACUUUUUUUUUCUAGAUUGGUAUUUCUUUACCAUCCUUAGUCCUCACAAGUAUCUCACAAGCAAUUAAUGUGGGGUUUUGUGCCUCAUACACAUCUCUGCCUCCUGAGGAGAUAUUUAGCCCUUAUUUGCAUUUCUGAGUGACUCUCCAGAGAAGUUCACCUGGCUGGUAGGAGAACAAUGUUUAGGACAUCUGCGGAUCACAAAGUACCACUUCUCUGACAAACUUAACGUUAUACCUGAGCUACUGUCAAGCUUAAGACAACCAGUACUUUUUGCAAAGCUAACACCAUAUUUCUUAUGUUUAAUGAGCUUUCUCUCUGCAGGUUAAUGUAUAAUUCUCUAUGUAAUCAUUCCCUGAAGUGCAUUAUGAGUUACUGACUACCAAAUUCAUUUGGUUUGGGUUGAAACUGUUUGCAGCCUUUAACUAGCCCUGAAUCUUCCCUCCUGUUUACUGUGUGCUGUACACAUCUUGCUCCUCAGAAACAUUUAAGCCAUUGCACUUGAAUAGUGGCAAUGAGAUGUGAUGGUUACACUGGAGAACUGAAACCCCACAGAUUCUGCUCUGUUAUUUCUGCCACUCACUGUCUGUGUGACUGUGGGCAAGGUAGUUGACCUCUGUGCCUUAUUUCAUCAUCUAGUACGUGGGGAUAGUGUUCACACACUCUGCCAAGCACUUUGAAGAGCUCUUGAUGUUGAAAGCACUGUCUCUUGAAGUGCAAAACCCUCAUCCUGACAGAAUUCUGAUUAAGCUUAGGAGCCACUGUAUAUUUAAAGUGUUAUUUUUUGUACUUUUGCGAGAAGAACAUAAUCUUACUUUAAUAUAUGUUAAGACUGGUAAUUGUUUAUGUGAGGAUUCAAACAAUGAAGAGCAUCACUUCAGAGCUUAACAAGUUACAUAAAUGGGGCAUAUCACUUAAAGUUGUACAGCUAUUUUUGUUGACUAAAUUAGAUGUGUACAGAUUGUUUUCAAUGACUGACUGCUAACAAAAAAGAUUUAACAUCGGAAUAAAAUGCCUUGCCAAAAUACAUGCUUUCUGUUUUCAGGUUUGACUACUGGUAACACCUUUGCACUGGAGUGUUAAAAUCCAGAUAAAAUGCCACUGGUGUGUUAAAAUCCAGAUAAAAUGCCACUGUUACUUAAAAGAACAUGCUCAAUUGUCACUUCAGCUUUAAAAUGUCAUACUUGUGAUUUACAUGGAUGUUCUAUGUUACAACAAACAAAAUAUUCUAAAAGACAUGGUGAAUUUAAAAGCAAAAUUUUCUACAUUUUUUAUAAAAUCUUUUGUUCCAAGUCCAGACUACUUGGCCUGCUCCUGACUGCAUGCUGCAGAAGUUUGGCUUAGUAUCUCCAUGUCAUCAAAGUACUGGAUCACUUUUAUAUAAAUGGAUCAUAAGGGUAGACAGUGGGAAUAAAUCAGUGCAAAGGUAUUUAGGCUUUUCACCUUUCCUCUCAGAAUGGAAAAAUAAAAUUGGCAUCCAUUCUGCCACCAAAGUGAGCCAGCAUACUCUGCAGUUCUGCCUGAGAAGCCUGAAGUCUAGGUGUUGUAAGAGCAGAUAAAUAAAUACAGUAAAGCCUGUUACUUAUAAGUAACAGGCUGGUUAUAAUUGUUAUAAGCUGGUUAAUUGUAUAAGCUUACAGUAAAUAUUCUGGCAGUUUAAUCCCAAAACUUCUGCUUUUAUCUAAAACAUUGUACAGUGCAGCCAGACUACUAUCUGAUCAUAAGUUUACAGGAACCUGCACAGAAUUCAUUGUCUGCCUUAUAUUUAUGAGUCCUGAAAUGGUUACAAGCUAAAUUCUGAGGCUACCAGUGAAGGAACUGUUCAAUACUUUUCUUCUUCUUUGAACUUUGUUUUGUUCAUUAUGCAGUUAUCCUUGCAGGGUUCAGUUCCAGGCUGCAGUUAAACACGGGACACUUCCACAUACUGAUUUCUCAGUGCUUUCCCUGUAACCAAAAAAUCUGAAGUUUGAUGUUUGGAAUUCUGUUUUGCUUUUCUGCAGAUUACCAGUGAAGAAACAAGCUGCUGUGAAUAGCAGGGCAAUCACUAAUCUUGCACCCUGCAUUGCUUAAGCUGUCACCACAUAUUGUAGCUUGCACUCAAGAAGCUGGCGUGGUUUCUCAUAUCAACAAAUGUUGCUUUUUGGACACCAUUUGCUUUCUUACUAGUGAAUGCCUCUCUGUUAAAACAUGAAAAUUAAUCCUUUUUCUGUGUAUGCAUUUUUAAGGCUUCAGCUGAAAUCUAGGAUUGCUUUGAAUUAGAAAGGAAACCACUUCAGCUUUGUUUUUCAGUCCAGCUGCCACUAAUAACAAUUUAGGAAAAAAAUGCAUCCCUUAGAAACUAUGUUUCAGAACAGCUCUCUUACUCCUCAGCCAGUAAACACCUUAACUUCUCUUUUUCUCACAUAGACUAAUCCUAACAAAUCCAUCUUGCUGCUUUCUAUGUUAAAAUAAGAUUAAGGUUUUAGACAUAAAUGCAGGGCAGUAAGGACUACAGAAAGAUCUGGGUUUGUAAGCAUUUAACACCAUUGUGUGUUACCUCUGCUCAAUUUGUAAGUUACCCAGCAUAGUUAAACUGUAAUAGGAUCUCAAUUUUUUUCUUUUUUUUUUUCCUAAUGCAAGUUUAUCAGACUUUGGCUUUUUCUGAAGAUUUUAGUUGGUUCUCCAGGUGCAAGUUGAAACAAAUCCCCGAGACGUAAAGCAAACACACUCUAGAGCCUGCAUUUGCCCAUUGUGUGUGUAAUUCCCCUGCUUGGCUUUCCAGUCCAGCAUCUUGGGUUUUGAUAAAUGAAUGUCAGAGUAUUUAUUUCAUAUGGGCUGUAAAAGCAAAUUACCCUGCCAAUAGGAAAAGAAAGCGCUACUAAGGAUUGUACAGCAAUUUUCUCUUAGCAUCUAAGAGGAAAAGGAGAGGACUCUACCUCAUCACAAACUCCUUCCAACUGAAUGCCUAUUCACUGGUUAAAAUUAAGGAUAUUGAGCCUGGCAUUGAUCUUGGCAAGUUGUUGAGGAAAAAGUUUUGCUUGCAUUUCUUUGUGAAAGACUCAGUGUUGUAGCUGGUUAGUCAUCAUGGUGAAGGUCAUGGUUGGUGUUUGCUGAUACCUAUCCUGGUGUGCUUGGAUGUGGGGUUUUUCAGUCUUUUCCCACUUCACCUUAACUGUGGAAGCUAGUAUGGGAUUCAUUCCUAAUCACCAACCCUGUGCCUGUGUAAGCACAGCAGCUGGGUACGUUUCCUGUCUCCCCAUGUCUUCCAACCCUGCAGCAGACUGUGUCCCUGCCAGUAUCCUGUGUAAGUAUGGUUAUCCCAGAGAAGCUGAGUCUGAGCUGGGAGUGCCUGGGAGGAGGCUGGUUUGCACAGCAGGCGUGCCCCAGCGUGCGGGAGCAGCCAAGGCUCCUUCCUGGGCAUGCUUAUCUUCACAUGGGCAGAAGUCCAUCCGUGCAGGCUCAAUCCUUCUGCACUACAGGUUCUUGCUACGAGCAGGGAAGGAAGAAGUAAUGCCUACUCUCCAGAGCUAUGAUUUCAGGACCUCUUUUACUUAGUCAUUAGAGACUAAUUAAAGAAUCUGCUUCUUGCAGACUUGCAGUCUCAUGAGCUAAAGCAGCUCUCUAUGUUCUAUCCCUACAGAUCCUCUGUAAAACAUGGUGAACAAUAAAUGGUUUUCCACAACAGAGGGACUACUGAUCAUAUCUGUCCCAAGCAAUAUGGCAAUUCUUCCAAAUGGAAAAACCCUUCCAGGCAUAUUCUCAGCAUCUCACUGUAGUACACUUACUGGUCAUUUCUGGCUAAUAUUUUAAUCCUACCUAAUUGAAAGUAUCUUUGGAAUAGCAUGAAGCAGACUUUUGCUUUAGUUAGCAAACUCCCUACCCUGUCCUGCAAAUUUUUCUGACAUAAGGAAGAAUUUUCCUGUGUGAGUAACUGAAUGUACUGCAACACAUUGCCCAGAGAAGUUGUGGAGUCUCCCUCACUGGAGGGAGAACUGCCUGGACACAAAUCCUGUGCUCUGGGAUGACCCUGCUUGAGCAGGGAGGUUGGACCAGAUGACCACUGUGGCCCUUUCCAGCCUGACCCAUUCUGUGAUUUGUGAUUUUACUUACCCUUCACCAAGAUGUCUCUUGGUGAUCCCUAGCAGUUCUGCUUUAAUACCAUCAUGUAGGGGUCUCUCUCAAAUACAUGUGUGUGUGCAUAUGUAUAAUUUUUUUUAAAUUAAUUUUGUCUGCUUUCUCUUCUGUUUCUCAGUUAUUUUCAGAUGCUAUUUUGGACUGGAAGGAACUGAAACAGCUGCAGCUGCACCAGGUGGAGAAGUUUGGACCAAGAAAACCCUCUAAGAAUCACACAGAAGCAAAACUCAUGGGUCUUGUGUCAGGGUAUGUGUGCAUUCUUCAAAGGACUUCAAGUUUCCAAGAGCGUUGCUGCACAACCUUUAAAAGGCCUUCAGGACCAUUGUUUAAAAGGUGCUGCACAUCCUCGCGUGCUUUCCAUAUUUUCCUUUGUGGUAAUUGUUUUCCUCUCUGAACUGAAUGCAGCACAGCAUAUCUGCCACAGCUGGCAAGCAGAACAGCACCCGCUAAUUCACAUCUAACUAUUGCCAUCCACAGAACAUUUAUCCUCAUCCGAGUACCACAAACAGGCCUGCAGAACAAUCUCAUGUUGUCAUAAAGAGGUAAUAAAUAGAGUCUAAAAUUAAUAUUAGUCACCCAAUUCAGGAUUUUAAUAUAUGUCAUUUUCAUAAUUGGCAACCUGAUGAAAAGACAUUAAUGCACCUGAAUCACCAAGUGAUGAGGAAAGAAGUGGAGAAAUAAAAAGCAGAGUAGAUUGAGACAACAAGUAAUUGGUGGUUCUUGGCAUUCUCUUUUUGUAAAAGAAACCCAACAUAAAUUUUCAGAAAAAUAGUCCUGUUACACUUGUUAGGCUAAUCAUUGCUUUUCUUUUUGACUUUGACUGCCAGGUGACUAUUACAUUUAUAGUAAAUUCCCUUUCUUGCCCACAAUGACAGUAAGAAUGUCGAGAAAUUAUCAGUUUAAAAAAAAGUAAUUUUUUUCAAAGAAAAAGGAUUAAUGGGAGCCAGUCCUAUGUAUGUGUAGAAUUAAAUUUCAAUAACAGAAUUUGUGUGUAAAUUCAAGUACAUUGACAAAAUGAAGACAUCAAUCUGAGGAUUUUUUAAAAAUUAUAUAUAGUGGAUUGCUCUGGGUUUAAUCCUUAAAUGUUGUGGUGCAAAAACGAGAAAAGAGAUGUUUCAAAAAGCCCAAUAAACUUCAGUUGUAUUAAUCUGUAUCAAGCUAAAAAUAUGGAUGUAGGGAAAAAUAGACAGCCAAGACAGUAUUUUCUGAAGCUGAUUUUAUAUUUGACUCUGGGUAUGCUGCUUCUGCUCUGGACUUUACAUAAGGCUGCUAUAGACUUUUUUUGGCUAUAGCAAAAGCCAUAUGGUCUGGCUACCAAAAUUAGAUUCUGCUUAGCUUACAGCCUACAGAGGCUCCAGCAGCUGUGCUGCCGACCUUUGAGAGAAGGAAGGAAAGGGCUUUCCUUUGCAUCACUCAGUCACAGCCCACAAAACAUCCCUGUAUUUGCAUGUGCUGCUUUCAGUUACCUACUGUCACACCUCAACAUAUCUGCUGCCACCCAGGACCUGGCUGUGAAUUAAAGCUUCCAUUUUAACAUGUCUCCUUGUCCAAACUGUUUUGUCUGCCUCGUUUUUCUGCAUCUUUUCAGCAGGAGAACAUCAUCACAUGAAAUGAUAAUACCUUGUGCAUGGAUCUUUCAGGCAAGGGAGCAGCUGUGGUAGCUAAACAUUGAGAAACUGAUCUUCUUCAUAGUCUCUGGUAUUGUGAGGAUACAGCUCUUCAAAUUCAGCACUGCUGCAAAUCCCAACAAAAUUCUUAAAAAUGCAUUGCCCUAAUGAAUCACUGUAGGAAACUACCACUGAGCCAGACCAGAGAGACUUCAGGACUACCUGGAGGAAGCCCAUCUGCAACCUGUGAUUUCUUUCUCAGUCUGGGUUUUUUAUAGACACUGUAAUUCAGCAACAUUUAGCUCAUAGGCAUUUUGGUUCUCACUGUGUGGUUAUAUAAAAAUGUAUCACUUUCUAAAGCCAGUGGGAUAUACAGUUGGGGGAAAAGUGCACAUUGUUAUUAAAAUGAGAAAUCAGUUGGUUUGGGUUUUUUUAAUUUAACAUAGGUUUGUUCUGCAUGUAAAUCACAACUGUCUCAUCUGCAACAGGACUCUGACGCGUGAAAGUUCACGGUGCUCAGAAAUGAAAAGUGGCCUGACCCCGCUGUGCUGACAGAAGCCCUAGCUGAACCUGCAGCUGUCCCACAAAGCAGCUUUUGCACAUGCUGCAUGAGCCAGAAGAGAGCAAAGCUGCCGCGGUGGCACAAAGCUUUGCUGUGAGAGCCGCGACCCCUCUGGAACGGCUCCGUGCACGCGCUGCCGGCGGGAAUGAUGUCUCAGCAGUGCCCAGCAAAUACAGCUGUGGGUAGGAGUUUCUGCGUCAAAAGGAGGCACACACUUUACACAGGGUGUAAUUAAGCUGUAAAUCUCAUUGCCACAGAAAUUUGUGGAUGCCAGACUUUCACAUUUCCCUGAAAAGCAAAGAAAUUCAAAUGGAAAAGAGCUGCCAGGGGGAAUUAAACACAGAGAUACCAGGAAAUCCUUGAGCAGAGGCUCACUGGAGGCUGGGAGUGGAGUGAGGAAGCAGUUCUCUCAUGUUUCCUUUUACUUACCACUUUUUGCUGGGCAAUUGCUAUUAGCAAGAGUCUCUUCAUCCUUUAAGUAUUACUGACAGCAUCCAUCAAGAGCUCUGGAAAGAGCUGGCUUCAGUCCUCUGCUCUGCCACAUGUUUCUGUGUAACCUGGUUUUCCUUCCUUCAGGGGAAAACAGAAAUUGGAGCAUUUUCUAACCUCCCACAGAGUUGAAAACUGCUUGCAUUAGGCUUGGGAAGUGCUUAGAAAUGCAGGGUAGGGUGUGGGCUGGUGUCUGGGGUUGCCAUGGAACUGGGCCCUGUUGACAAACUCAGACUCAUGGUGGCUAGACUGCCACGGGCCCAUGGUGGAUGCCUGUGGCAGUGAUGGUGGUGGGGCUGCUCCAGUACCUGGUUUUCCAUGUGAUCAAGUUUAUGGCAGGGGUGACCCCUUGGGCUUCAGCCCCAGCACAAGUUUGGAAGCCGCAAGGAGUGUGUGGGCUUGAAGCAAAUGAAUAAUAUCUAUGUAGUCCAUAAAAGCAAUCUAAUAUUAUGUUUGCUACUGUAGAUGACUACUGAUAACUGGACAAUGUCUAAACAAUGUAACAAAACCAGACUUUUUAAAAAAACAAAAAGAUCAGUUUUCCUUAGUGCCUCAUUCAGCUGAACAGGAAUUUCACUCUUAUCAAUUUUCCUUUCUUAGACAAGUUAGUGGCCUAAACUUAGCAUAAAAUCACAGGUGCAUUUUCAUCCUACUUUCUUCUAACCUGACUCCCUCUGACAGAUGUCCUUUGGGGCACUGCUUCCGUGGCUCAGCGCUGCCACUGCCAUAGCUCUCCCAACAGGAGAUGCUAGACCUUCUCAGAGCAGCAGCAAUUAAACACACUGCAGUAUAAUUAAUAGACUGUCUUCUGGAAUGGAAGCAGGGCUCUGCCCAAAGGUCUGUCAAAAUUUCAGUAGUGAAACAGAGAUGGAAGUGGUUGUUCCCUCAGGCUGAAGGGCAACCCACAUCUCUGACCCCAGCUGAGCUGCUCACUGACAACCCUGUGACAAAUGCCUGUGAUAACCAUGGUCUCUGAUGAUUACUUUUAUCUACCCUGCAGAUACCGUAACUGGAAAGGAAGAUGAAGGAGAGUGAGUUUACGGUCCUACUUUUGAAGAUAUGUCUCCCCAGGUAUAGUACUGUGCAAGUGGUGAAUUUCCACAAAAAUCAAGUUGUUGAUCUGAUCUUAUUCACAUAACAACCUGGGAACUGCUUUUCAUCUCCCUAAAGCAAAAAGGUUUGGUUUUCAGUCAGUAUUAUAAUCUGCUUGUAUUAGCAAGAUUGCUUUAGUGAAAACACUUUUUGAUCUGUAACCUUGUCUCUGUCCUCUUAUGUUCCCUGCCUGAGGCUCAGCUCCACCAGCCCCUUGUCCUUGCCUAAAUGACAGCUGAUGGUCACCCACUGCCUAUUUCAAACUUCAAAUACUCACCUUAGUGGACAGGACCCUAGAAGUGCAGAAGCAGAUUAGCUACAGAUCUCCAGGCACACCUACCACCUGUUUAAAUGCCUUUAAAGGAACUGAAGUACGUCAACUUUAGAUUUCCUGGACCUCAGGCAGCUUCUCAGGCUUGGGCAAGCAUUAGGCAUUGCUGCCAGCAGCCUCAACUCUGUGGGUGGAAGGGGAGUUCUGAAUCUCAUAUAAAACCCUGAAAGUAGAGGAAUUACAAACAUGACCUAAAUUUAUCAGAAAAUGUUCCCUCAUACUGGCAUGAAGUAAUAAAAUGUAAAUAAAAAAAAGAACAUUCUAACUUCUGAUAUUUAAGAAGAAUAACCAAUAUAAUUGACAUAGGCAUUUGGGAUUUUCUGUUUAGAUUAAAUGCUACCCAUUAAGACACUUUAUGACAGUUAAAGCACAUUUGAAAAUUAUUUAUGUUCCCUUAUAUAAAAGCUUUCCCAUUGGCAAUGGUGCAAACCAUUUGAGCAGGCUGGGCAGCAGCCAAUGCUGAGAUCAGAAAUGCUAAGUGCAGCUGAAAAGUUUCCUUCCCAAGAUGCUGAAGAGUCUGCCUGUGAGGAGAAUCUGCUCUCACCUCAAGGUCCCAGGUUGGAUGGAGCAAAAUGUAGUAGCACUGGCAAGCAGGAAAGCUGCUGGAGGUCGAAGCCUGGUGUGUGGGAUUUAAGGCACUAAAUGCUAUGAACUACCUGGAGUGGAAAGAAAAAGGCAAAAGUCACUUCUUUGAUGCUGGAGUUCCCAGAACAGGAGCACGCCCAGGCUCCCAGGGCCUACAUAUCUCUGAGAACAUAACAUAAGCUGGUAUUGGAAAAAACCAGGACUGGCUGUUGAAUUGUUUCCAAGGUGGAUGUCACCAAGGACUUAAAGUUUUACAAGUUCUCUUUUCCAGCAAUGUUAUCCAAAGUAUUUGUGCUAGAGCCCAUCUUGCACCUUUUGCACCUUCUGUUUGGGUAGAAAUUGUCAUUUUUUAUGACCCAUAGAUUUACUUGAUUUACACAUCAGGUAGAAACAAGUUUGCAUGUACCCAGGCACCUCUGCACAUGGAGCUGUGGUAGCUCGCAUGUACUGAUUGACUCCAGCUCCAUCAUCCUCCCCCAGCAGAGCUUGUGUUUUCCCUGUGCUACUCAGGAAAGAAGCUGCCAUGUCAUGAGGGAAAAACUGCUUCAGUAAUUUUAAGGUGGAUUUCAUUUGGAAUUGGUCAGCCUUGAAUGUGUCCCUGCAAGAGUUUUGUUACCCAUAUUGCACAUAGUCCAUGUAUUGAUGCAUUAAAGGAGGAGAUUGCUACUUCUUGUUCUCCCCCUCUCUAAUUAAAAGUUGCUUUCCACCCUUAAGAAAGGUGUUCCCUUGGGUAUGCCUUUCUAUUUUUUUAGGUUGCUUUCCCGAUACUUCCCACAAACCUACUUUACCCAGAGGGCAGAGGACAAAAAACUUGGAUAUCUGAAAAGGGUGAGCGAUGCCUCUGUCAGCCGGUAAUGUUCUGGGAGACUCCGUGCUUGGCACGUGUCCGGGCAACCAGCAACCAGCCCCUGCUGGAAUUAAUGGGACACAACCUCCUUUCACUGUAAUGAGAUGAGAGGACUGAGGCAAUUACACAGACGCGCUCGAACGGUAGCAUCAUGUCAAAGGACAAAACAUCCCACUCCAAAAUUAGUCUGCUGAAGUAAUUUUGCAAGCCAUAAUGCAGAGUAACUGUUCAGUUAAAACUUAACUACCAUUUUUAUGAAUCAGUUUCUGAGAAAGGAUCUCAAGCAAAGCAACAAGAACAAAAAAAAUCAGAGAAAAAUAAAAUCUAAAUAUGAUUUUUUUUUCACUUUCUUUCAAGCUUGUUGAGAGCUUGAUGGGGCUCUUGACUGCUCAGUGUGAUCAGGUCAGAUGGUGAUGGAAGAUGACAGGAUCAGUGGACCCCCUGCUCCCCACCCCAAAGCCAGGCUCCUCUCCACAGAAAAGGAAGUCAAGUCCUUGCCAUAAUCCCCCAAACCCAAGCACACCUAAUGCUUUUCUCCCCAGUCAUCACUCUUGAGAGUAACUUCUCUCUCUCACAAAUCCUUUCCCAGCCAGAGUGGAGGAUCCUCUUCACCUCCUCACAGCUCUCACUCCCAUCGCCUGCCUCCUCUCCUCACCCUGGAAAAAAAUCUUUUACUCUAGGAGCACCCUGGCCUUCUUAACUCAGUACCUGCUCUCCAUUUAUUCAGCUCUGUCAUCUUAUUUAGAUAAGGAAGUAUCCUGUUCGCUCUCCUGUGCAAGUUGCCAAGGGCUGGGAGCAGCUGUGUAUCCCACCCCAGCCAGCCAUGUCCCGCCCUCACAGCCCUGACUGUGCUCAUAGCAGCCUUGUCCUCUACCACUGGCAGUGGCAUGAGGGGAGGCAGAGCUGAGCGUGUGCUUGGAGCACCCCCUCUGCCUCCUACCUUCCCAUCUGUACAGUGGCAAUAAUCACAGCAGCCAUGGGGAAUUGCUAUGAUCAGUAUCUUGAGCUACUCCAGUGAGAGUCAUUACAGACCAACAACAGGGAUCCAGAGUGCUUUUUUAUGGGUACAUUUUCAUUAGCUUCCUUACUGGCUAAAAGAUGGAUUUAAACCAGACUUUGCUGGCAUAAGACUCAGUGAAACCUCUGAGGGAAAGGAAAAAGGUGAGAGUGAAAGAAGGAAAGAGAGCUUGAGGGAGCUGGUAAAAGGGACUUGUACAGUGAAUAGCAGCAAAGGGAGCACCACAGCUGCAGCCCUUCAUCCCCCAACUCUUUCUCUGGAUGAAAGCUUCUCCAUCCACCACAAAGGAAGAGGAAUCUUCAGGAUGGCCAACAAGAGUCACUACAGGAACAGCUCACAGUUCCACAUCACCUUCCAGCCAGCACUCCAUCUGGACAAGAAAUCUGUUACUCAAGCUAGAAAACCCUAUGGCAAAACUAAGGAAGAUUCCAGGGCAUCUCCAGGACCAAAGGUUACAAACGCAUGGCUGCAGAGCUCAGUGUCAGCUCAAGGUGGGCCCUGACAGACAGGGAGGCAUUUCACAAAACCUUCAAGCUCUUCUCUGCCCUCACAAGCUAAAAAACAUUGUUUUAGCAAAUGCAUACUAGUUGUACUCAGUAGAUUAACAUAAAGGACUAGCCUGAUAAAAUUUUUAGAUUUUUCAGGAAUGUAAUAAACAAGACUAUUGCUUUGAGCAGUUUGCUUGAUGGAAGAGAACAAAAUAUUUCAGUAUUACCACAGAGAGAACAAUUCACAGUGUAGUUUCCAUGUUACCACACCACGCAGAAAGACAGCAUCUUUAACAGUAGCAAAAUAGCACAACUUUCAAACCUACAGAGAACAAACCAAAAGCUGGAUAUGUUCAUAACAUUCACUUCAAGUUGCUGCCUUGCCACCAGCUCUGUGCAAUCUGAAAGGUGUAGGAUCCAUUGUCUUAUAGCCCGGCCCUCCUAAACCUGAGGAAGCAAAAUGAAGCCACAGUGUACAACAAGGACAGCCAGGUACUUUCCAGGCUCUGCUCUGUUCAGAUUUUCUGAUGUCCCCACUUGGACAAGGGAUGCCUGCAGCAUCCUCCUUGCUUGGUACCACUCUUCUGGAUGUGGUGGGGUGGGUUGGUAUACAGUACAAAGCUUUAUGGAGCUCUGCUGGCAUCCAUCGCCGUGCCGGCGCCUGCAGGAGGCACAGCUUGUCCUCGCACAGCGUGGGAGAAGGACAGGCUGAAAAUCACAGAGACUGCAAAAUGUUGGACUGUUUUCAGGAUUCAGAUUAGUGCUGUGAAGGAAGGAAAUGAAGGAUAUUUCACAGGGAGUCACUUCUAAUACUGUCACUUCUCACAGUGUCUCCUGACUUCAUCUCAAAAGUACUGCCAUUUGUAGCUGGGGCACAUGGAACAGCACCUGCUUCUUUAAAUAAAUGUAGCUGCAUAAAGCCAUAGGAUUUUCACCUCUCCUAAAAUGCCAACUGGAGGCUACUUAAUCAAAAACUGACAGCACUCGUGAAGAAAAACCUUCUAAAGAGUGUAGUGAGUGUAGCCAGUCAAUAGGAAACAGGUGUCUGGGUUUUAAUGGCCCCACACAAAACAGAGGCUGCAGAGCUUGGCUUUGGAUGGAGAUGGAUCCCAUGGCCACUUUCGCCCUCCUGUAGGCAAGCGAUCAAGGACAUGGAGAUCUGGAGGCUGUACCUACUUAUAACUAAAGGCCUACAGUAGCCUGCAAUGUAAUUAACUGUGGGACCUUCAAUUCAUGAUUCCCAGAUGAUUUUCUUGCCUGAUGUAAGGCAGAGCAUUAUUUCCCACUCAGCUUUUUACAGACCAUGAUUACUUUCACUUACAGCAAAAAUAAAACCAUGUCAUCUUGCACAUGUAAA